GCUUUUACAGAGGCUAGAGGAAGAUGUGAAUGUGAACAGUUAUAUUGUCAAGGAAAAGUUACCCAAGGAGCUGACAACUAAGGAAAGGCAGGUGUCAACAUUGCAGCGAGUAGCAGCACAACCAGCAAUGGGCCAGCAGGAAAUAGAUGCUGUAAAUAAGCAGAUUCGUUCACUAACAGCUGAAAUAAACAACCUGAAUGAAGCUCGUAUGAAGGAAGUGGAAGAAGAUGACAGCCCAGAGAGCAAGGUAGGCAGGGCAAUUGUGAAAGUAUUAAUUCCAGUGAUAACUUGUAUUUUAUUUGUAAAUAUUGAUGCUAAAAUAUAUUAUAAACUAACUGUUGUGGAAAGUAGCAAGUUUAAGCACUUUUUUGUGGGGAGCGCCUUCUGCUCCCUGGAGCUAUCGGACUAAUAUUACCUA